AUUACUUAAUCUGAGUACCGCGAAAGAACGCAUAAUUGCUUUUUGGCUCGAGAUCUCCUAUACCGACGAUUUAUCUUCACUGUGAUGCAUCAAGAUAAAAUCACGUGAUAAAACUAGCCAAAAUUCAAUCUACAUAUGCUACAUAAGUUUGACGAAUCUGAUGAGAUACAAACCAAUACAGACUCCGCAUAUCCCCUCAGGACAUUUCUGCGGAAUCAGGUCGUCAGAAGCGGAGGUGUACUCGAAAGAAAGGGAGAGUGUGGUAGGGGCGUGAAAUGUACUGUGUAUAUAGAGAUCACAUCAUUAUGCAUUCUGGUAGUUCGUUCCCUAAAUGUAUUAAGUUCACAUCCCUUUGUCGACAAUGACGCUCCCACAGUUCUUUUGCACUAUUAUUCUCUUUAUAGGUAUAACAUCAGUGAAAACGUACUCUGUUUCAUACCAGAACAUUCCCUUGGCAUUUUCUAAUACUCCAAGACUAAUAUACACAGAAUCUGAAUCUAAUCCUGCCUUCAGUGGAUACUCUUAUGCAACUCAGGAUUUAAAUGGUGGCGAAAGUAAUGUUAUUUUUACAACUGGUGCUGAUUCUUUGAGCAGGUUGCAACAUGAAAUGGAUUCCAUGAAGCCGUCAGAAGGAUAUUCAGAGAAAAAUAUGUUAGAGAAAAGAGUGAAUUCAGUGUCUUCGGAACAACAAUCUAAAUCUGAAAAAGCAAGUAUGACUGAACAAGAAAAUUUUAAUUCCAGUGUUGAAAAUUCCAGAAAAGGGAAGAAACUGUCAAAAAGUUUUGAAGCGGAUAAUAAUUUCGUCGAAUAUCAAGCACCUCUUCAGCAAAUCUCCUUUGUGCCUUAUUCUACAUUAAGGGCAAAUUUACUGAACUUUCCAACUGUGCUUCCAAGAUAUCACGUAUCACCAGAUGCAGUACAGAAUUAUUAUCUUCACAAUCCGUAUUCCCAAUUAAAAUUACCUUUGCAUAAUUUUAAUCUCUACAAUCCUAUUGUGCCACUAUUUUAUCAAGCAACCACGAAUCCUAAUAGUAGCAUCAGAUAUCAGACAUCAAUAGCUGCUCAAAAUUCAAAAAUAUCUCUGGAAUCAAACAAUACUAAAAGCUCAGAAAUUAAUAGCACUAUUUCUGAGUCCAGUUCUACAGAAUCCAAUAUAAUAGAAUCAAGAUCUGAUCUGGGAUCAAUGGAAGAUGCAGCUGAUAAAACAUCAAAUAAAUCUGAUAUCUCUGCAGACAAACUGGAAUUGGUGACUAAAAAAGUGGAGGAAGAAAUUACUAGUAGUAAAUCUGUAAAGUCUGCAGUAACAGAGACUUUUGAUGAACAAACUAUAGAGGAUAAAACAAACACUACUGAACUUGCAAAUACAGAAACAAGUACUUCGAAGGAGAAAUCAACUACUGUAUCAUCUCAAAGACGUAUAUCAAUAUAUCAAUAAUUAAAAUAUACUUUAUAUAUAUUCUACU